AUGUCCGACGAGGAGACGUGGCGCGACAGGGCGAGAAAAAUCGCCGCUGAUCGGCGUUUCAAUAUUGCAGUUAUUUCCGUCGUUCUGACGACUUUCUCUUUGAUUGCUGGAUUUGGGUGGGUUUUUAAGUUUGCCAUGACCUCACUAAAAGAAAAGAUUAAAAGAUCCCCUUAAACUAGCUGUUCCUCUAUUCAAGAAAAUAUAUUAAGAACGUUUAAGAAAUUUUUCAAAGCUCUAGUCAAACUUUUCAAAAACAUUGCCUCGAAAUCGGAAUGGAGAGAUAUAUCAAAAAAAGUUUAUUUUUUUACUGGUUUUUUUGAUUAAUAAGUUAGAUAAUAGUACGGAAUUUGUUUCUGAUAUUGUUCAAGUCGGAGAGUUUUACAAAAAAAUGCCACAAAAAUUUUUCCUUUUCAUUGUCUCAUAAUUUUUUUAGAUGUUAUAAUGUGAUCAACGGACAAAAAAAUAAAAAAAUCUAUAUGUUCAAACUUUUUUUGCGCGAUAUUCAAAAUAAACGUCAGGAAUGGAAAAAGUUAACUAAAUUUUUGAAGAGUCAGAGAGAUUUUUUAAUUUCGCGGACAUUACUUUGAGCACGGAAUAAGAGUGGAAGGUUAACAGAGUUUUUUUUUCGAAUUCAAUAAUUUUCAUGAAAACGUUAUUCGAUUUUAGAUACAUAUUUAGAACCAGUUUUCAAUAAAAAGCCGCUUUUUUCGUAUUUUCUAUGAUGAAGUGUUUAAGGAUUUUCCCAACAUUCAUUCUCACCUCCUCGCUACUUUUCGGCCUCUGGUUCUCCACCUGGAUAUUCCUGUCCACAAACGGCCAACUUUUCGACGCUUUUCUCUACUAUAUCAGUCCAACUCUACCCUUUGUUGCUCAACAUGUUCCACCAACGGAGAGCGAGGAGAAGUUCCGACAAAUGCCUUGGGAAGGUCUAUCGAACCUUUUUGUGCCAAGAUCACUAACUUUCUUGGUUUCAGGACUGACCCUGUCCCCAGCCCUGAAUGAAAGUCUUGAGAAUUUGCUCGACGUGAUUUUGCAUCAGUACGUAAAUGCCUGGUACGAGAACGGGAUCAGUCGGGACAAAGCGUUUUUAGAUGAGAUUCGGUGGGUUUUGGAGCGAGUAUUGUGGAGUAAAAGGAGUCUUUUACCGUUUUUCUUAACAUCUUUCGUAAGCUGAUGGUCUUACAAACAUAAAUCAAGGCUCUUUCAGUUUUGAACUCUUUUAUUGACCUUGUAACUUUGUUCUCAUGUUUCUUUCUCCAGUCAUUUUUUUACUUCUUCAAAAAAAAAAACGGUUCGACUAUGUCAAGUUUAAAAAAAACUGGUUCUGACCUCCUUCAAGAAGCUCAAUUUGACACCAUUUUCGGUCUCAAACUUGGAGGGAAAGUAUAGGAAACUCCCCAACCUCGGAUGAAAACUUCAUAGAGGAAACUGUCAUUUUGAAGAUACCAAAUUCGGUACGCCUGCGCCAAGCUUGUUCGUUUCGCAAAAAGGGUCGAUGAAGCGAAGUUUAUAUCGGAAACGGUAGUUCCGACGGCCAUGCUCCAUUUCACGCGACUGGCGGCGAUAAAGCAGAAGUUGGGCAAAGAUGUGAGUUCCUCACUCGAGCUCUUAUAAAUCGGUAAUAAAAUACCAGAAUAAUCAACGGAAUACAAAAAUAAAGUCAUUUUGGCUUCCUGCUGCUAUAAAAAAGCUCUAGCCUUUUUUCCAAACUUUAUUAUUAUAAAAAUUCUGGAAUAAACGGUGAUCAUUUCGAACUUUUUAAUGAAAAAUCUGACUGUUCUCGGUAGAUAUCGGGACAUAUUCUUUUUGAAAAUUCAUAUUUUUUUGAAAAUAAAGAAUUUUUUCUUGAGAACAUCCCGUUGUCGAUGUUGGAAGGCCAGGUUUCUGAAAAACUUGGAGAUUUGCACUUGGCGAUGGCUAGCCGGAAGGCUGAGACCGACUAUAUUCGACAGGUAAUUCUAAGAACUAUUGAAUUUUCGACGUUCAUUUGAAUAAAUGUUCAAAAAAACCGCGGAAAACUCGAGGAUUUUCUUUUCAGAUUCUUUUCAGAUUUUUCCAACCGUUAAUUCUCUCUAAAAAGGCUAAAACUGACCUUUUCUUGUUUUGAAUAGUUCACAAAUAAUGCAGUUUUAGAAGUAGUUUUUUUCUCCAGAUUGCCGAGGUUUUGAUUCCAAGAUUGCUGGAUGAAACCCGACUCGCCGGUCGGUCCUACGAUGACGACAGCCCGGCAAUAAUGUUCAAAAAUCGUCAUGAAGUCUAUCACUCGAAAAAUCCAAAAAAUUUCUAAUUAAUCACAGAAACAAUGGCCGUCUCAGUCGGCUCGCUUUUUCAUCCGAGAACUAAUCGCCAACGCCUUGCUUUUACCCUUUUUCGAUCUCAUCACUGAGCCGGACACGAUCAAUUAUUGGCUUAUAUUGCUCUUCGACACGUCGACGUCUUCUGCGGAGUCUUUUGAUCAAGAUGAAGUCUUGGAACUCCCGAAUUUUCGACCUGGAACUUGUUAUUUUAGGUCAAUCGGGUGUCUUUCCUGAAAGGAUUCGGCGAAUCUUCCAAUGACGGCGUCCCUGACUCGCUCCUGCAGUUGAAGUUGACUGAAGUGAGGGAUUCCAAAGUUUUUGGAGUUGAUUGAAGGUCGCUAGAUGGAUUUUUAAUGGUUCGAAAAGCAUCGGAUCCACCUAAAAUGAUUCACUUUGAAGGCCUAGAUAAGAUUUUUUGAGUGUGAAUAUGAGUUGGAUAAAAUAAUCAAAAAAGAACAACUACGUAAUGAUUUUGACCUUUAUCAAGGAAUAUCAGUGGCGAUUCGAGAAAAAUAUUCGAACAGAGUAGAAAUUAUUGAUUAUUUAGAUGCUUGAUUUUUUUUUAAUGAGAUUAUCCAGAAUUUUUCUUUCAGAUUCUCCGAGACGCCCGCCAGUUUUCAAUGUUUCGAAUGUACCUGCAGGACAUCCGAGGGCCGACAAAUGAGCUCAAUUUUUUGGCCGAGGCCACUAGAGUUCAUGAAUGCAUGCAGAGGAAGGUGAAUGGUUGGGGAUUUAGUCACUGGAUCCCCAGUGAACCUUCUUUCAAAAAAAUUUUGUUAAGCUCGCACUACUUCAGUGAUCACUUGAUAGCUUAAAGUUACCCGAAAGACUGCCUUUUUUCGAUUUUGAAACUAAAUUUUUUGCCCAUCUCCCUUGGCUGUUUCAGAAAUUUUUGUUAAUACUCGCUGUAGUUCACUUUUUUUUUCAUUUUCAAUAAUUUUGUCGAAAUCUCAAAAAAUGGUUUUUUCAGUCGAUCUCCUCUAGUCAGUUGAGCUACGAUAUUUGGCAACUGUUUGGAAAAUUUGUCCAUGAAAGCGCCGAGGAGAGGAUACCCAUUGAGAAGGAGGUUUAUUGAUCCCAAAUUUUGAAAAUUUUUCAAAAAUUGACUUUUAGGUGGUUGAACAAUUCCAAACGGCUGUGGAAAGCAACGAUUUUGACAAAUUGGACAGAAUAAUUGAAACUGUAUAACCUUAUAUCAAUAUUUUUCGAUAGUUCUAUUUUUAGACUUAUCAGAGCAUUUAUCAAAAAAUGCAGGUCAACUACGUCGUUCCAUUCUGUCAAUCUGAGUGCUUUUUAGGGUGAGAUUUUGGAUUUUUUAAUUUCAGUAUUUUUUGCAUGUACUACGGAAGCCUUUGGGGAUUUUCGGAAGUUUCUAAUUUUUUUCAAGUAAUUGAAAUCAGUCAAUGGGAAUAUUUUAUCGAUUUUGACGCGGGGAAAAUAGUUUUUUCAUUGGGAGUUUUUUUUUACCAAUUUUUUUAAGUUAAAGCCGAAAUGAAAACAUUUGGGACUUAAGCCUUUUUUUGGCAGCUAAGAUAAAAGGUCAAAGAUUAUAUUGAGCUUUAAAAUAAAAACCAGACCUUAGAUGCUGUUUAUUGAUCUUCAAGAAGUUGUAAAUCAAUUGGAAGAGUUUAGGAAAAAAAAAAUCUAAGUCAGCUUCUUUGUUGAUAUUUUCGGUCUAGGUACCUUUGCGGGAGCCCGCCGGUUUUCAUGGACGAACUGAUUGACCGAAAGACCCAGGAAAAGAGAGCGGAUGUCACUGAACAUGCAUUUUCUCUUUCUCAACUGAGGUAGGAAAAAUAACAAGAAAAAAGACCUCAAAAGUUUAUAGAGCAAAAGUUCGGAAAGCCUUGACUUCGGCCAGCGAGGACAGCGAUUCCUUGGACAGCGGUUAUGGGAUAACUGGAACGAAUUAUCGUGUCGAGUCGCAAAUUAGCCAGGUUGAGCAGUUGUUUUCUAAACUUACUGAAGUGCUUGUAAUUACUGACAAGGAUAGUCAUUUUUACUUAGGUCUGUGACCCCCUAAUGAAUUUUAUCGUUUUCUUCGACUUCGAGACUUGUUUUCUCGAAAACUUUUGAGACUUUCACGACCUUCAUCUGGUACAUCAAGCAUUAUUCUACCCAGUUCUCAGAAAUUUCAAAAACAGCAAAAUGAAAUUUUCACUCUCAAGUUAUAUUAAUAUUUUUUUCUUAGUUGUAUUUGCAGGUCUUUGAUAAUUUGUUUCAUCCAUUUCAGGAUGAAUAUGCAACGGACGAAACCCCAAGUUCCCUGUCUAUUGAAAUCUCCGAAGAAAAUGACGACAGCGAAAGUGAUCGGUCCGAGCCGCAAGAGUCGCCUUACGUUAUUCAAUCAAAAAUAUUCAAAAAGUCUCCUUUCUUAUCUUCAGGAGGAGUCCAUCCAAGCCGCAGAUCGACUGGAAAAUGCCGACGCUAGAAAUGUCCUAAUUAUUGAUCCUGACGCCAGGGAUAUCAACAAUUGGCGGGUUUCCAUCGGAAAAGUGGCCCCGAUCCAAAACUCGAUGACCGGUACUCAAUACAUGAAAAUUGAAGAGAAUCUGUAUUUUAUCAGGAAGAACAUUUUUCGUUUUCGUGAUCGAGGUGGAGAGAGCCGACGCAAAGGCGCAUGAGACUAAGAAAUGGUCCAUCCAUAGAUCUUUCAACGAGUUCUACGUCCUGGAAUCGAAGCUCAACGAGUUCCAUGGAACGACUUUGAGAUUCUCGCCUCUUCCGCCUAGAAAGGUUGUGCGAUCGGGUUUUAUGUUGAAGAUAUGAGUGGAAAAGAUUUUAAAAUAUUUAUAUACGGUUGUAUAUGGUUUUUUUUGUUUUGGUCGAUUCGCAAGAGUAUAACAUGUCUGCCUCCUCUGUUCCCUCACUUUUAAGGUCAUAAAAAAGAAAAGAUGCGCCGUCAGGGAAUGAGAGAGCGCAGAGAAAUCAGACUAUAUCUCUAUGAUGUCAUUUUUUUUUUUUAAAACCUUCCACUUUUCUUCGAAAAAAGGCAAGAAGAUUGAAACGAUCUGCGCUCAUUUUUCCUAAGCAUGGUUUCUUAUUUUUGUACUUUUUCUAUUUUUGUAUGACCUGGCCGAGGAGAAAAAAGGGCCCAGAUAGGUCAGAAUUUUUUGAUUCAUGGCAGAGUUUUUCUCGUCUUGAUUCUUCGAGUAAAGCUUUUCAAAUUUUAUGGAACUCGUCUCGAUCUCAAAAAAAAGCAAAUCUCUAACAACUCUGCUUCGCAGUGAAUAUCCCUACAUUUUCAAAGGAUUUUCGAAGGUGGAUCGUAUAUCGCCGUAUAAUCAACUUAUCAAAAGAUGAAAAUGUUCUAGGCUUUUGUGGCGAAAGAUCGGCCAUUCAUGGAACAGCACAGACUCAUCUUCUCCACGUUCCUCUCGACCCUCUCCAAGCAGGUAUUUUUCCGCAAAUUUGCGAGGGCGACAAAAUUCUCAUGUAGAAAGUCCUGAACCGUUCGGAACUUCUUCUCACGUUCCUUUCGAGCAACGAAGAGUUCCGCGACAACUUGCUCCUGAGUGAUUUGAAUCCCUGGAAGGUUUAUUAAAACAAAGGAAAAUUGAAGAAAGUUUGCGAGAUUUAGGUAAUGAAACGGAUGCCGAAAAAGUUGACACGUGAGAAAGGUCAGAACUUGCGGCCGUUUUUGUUGAAAACCCUUGCGAAUUGCUUGGCGCCAAGCUCCAAGCCGUUGGUUGAGCCUGACGAUGCGAAUUCUGUUAGGUACUGUAGAGGAAAAAAAGGUUUCUCAGAAUGGAGGAUAAAUAGGAGAUAAAUGAAAGGCUGAUGGAAGAGGAGCCAGAGAAAAAUAGUAAGCUAAUUUCUCUGGCGUCUUUGGCCAUUCUUUCGAGGUCUGGGCCAUUGGUGAGAGAUCAACGGAAGAGAGGUCAAAAUAUGAGAAAAGAUAUAUGCAUCUGAUGUUUCCUCCUUUCAAUCUCUCGCUCUGACUUUUUAAAAUAUGAGUCUACAAGCGAGAAUUCAGCGGCGGUCUGACCAAAGUAGCGAGAGAAACAAAAGGAUUUGGUGCUUCUCCAGGUCUUCCAGUUUCUCGCUUUGGCUUUCUAAUAAUAUGUCCAUGAGUGAAAAAUCAACGGACUGAACAGAAGGCAGAGAAAUAAAAUAAAUAAAAGAAUUUGGUGCAUCGGUCUUCUAGUCUCUUGCUUCGCUUUUUCGAAGCAUCAUCCAAAAAUAGAGAUCUAGAGAGGUCAGAGAAAUAAAACAGUCUGAUGUCUCUAUUAAAAUAUACUGACUGACUGAAGAAUAGAAUAUUGAAACUGAAAAAAAAAAUCUAAUGAUGUCUUUUUUCUUCAGUGUCGAAUCGUCUUCUGUUUUUGCGCCAGAGCAAACCUACGCCAGCAAUUCAAACUACUCUUCCGUUUUUGGAAAUAAUUUCUCCAAUAUUACCAACUUUUUGAUGAACUCUAAAGCAACCCUUGUACCUUGGACGAGGUACUUGACAUCUAAUACGAGAACUAAAAAGAAUUCUUUGUUCAGAAGCGCCAUGGAUUCGAUCCUUCUCUUGGUAUUCUUCCUGUUGAAGGAGAGCACUUCUUGGAUUUGUAAUGUAUUGGCCGUUUUGAGGUACUUUAGUGGGUUUUCAAAUCAAUCUUUGAAAAAGUACGCCAGGAAUUGAGUUUGGGCGCUCUACGGCUAUUUAUGAAAAACAAAUUUUACAAACGAGAUUGAAAUUUUUGCCUAGAGUAGCCGCAAGGCUAGGAUAAUAUGCGCACCACGGUCAAUUAUAAAAAAAAAUAGCUUUUUUAAUGGUUAAGACAACAAGGACUGAGCGCGAGGUUUCCUCCACGCUUUUCCGGGCAAUCCGGAGUCAGUCAGUAUUCACUCAAAGGGUAUUCCGCCACUCUUGUUUCUACUUGAAAUAUAUAGUGUAUCGCGCUUUUUUCGCUGUUUGAAAGUACAUAUCUUGAAGCUUCAAAAAAUAUCUGAAUAAACUUUUCGAUUUACUCCUGGAAAAAAACAUCUUCAGGAUUAUAUCGAAGCAAACAGUUGAUAUGGCGUUUCACAAAAUCUUCAGCGUUACUUUGAAGGUUCUCUGAAAAUAAAUUUUGAUAUUCCUCAAAAAAUAAUUCAGAAAGCCCUGAGCGAAUCAAACUUGGCCUAUUUGGUCCAGAAAAUGCAUUAUUCCCUAUUCAGUGAUCCGUCGUUGCCAGCUACUGAUCAGGUUGAGAAUAUGUGAUGGGAAAAAAAUAUUGGAGAAUUCUUUCAGGAGAAAGCCAUGAGAGAGGAGCUUGCAAAACGGCGGACUCUUGAGUUUGUGGAAAAUUUGGUGGGUUUGAAAGGAUCAUUUUAUCCUUUUUACUCACCAUUUCAUGGAUCUUGAAGACUAGAUUUUGAUAUUCCACGACAUUGUGAGCUAGAGAGCCUUUAAAAAUGAGUGUGCGAGCUUUUUUUAAAUUCUAAACGCACUCUUGUUCAGUAGUUGUUUAGGUUCGAAGAUUUGAAACCGAAAAAAUCGAACGUAGACUCAUUUUUAAGUUUCAGAUCCAAGGAAAAGCUGGAAAGUUGGUCGACGGCGGCAAGGCGAAAAUCGUCGUCCGCCAAAUCGUCGAGUCUCUGCAGUUUCCCCGUCUCAAUAAACAAUUAUUCUACGUACUUCUCGACUCCCUGAUCAUUGAAUUGUUCCCCGAAAUCUCACCAAAUGAGGCCAUUCUCUAA